AUGGGCGCAAAGACGGGCCUCUUCCUCCGGGGCCUGCAGGGCACCAUCCGCGGCAUUCAGUUCGGCUCUGCCGCCACGGUGCUGGCCCUGACCUCUUACUUCUUGGCCACCAUGGCCAACCACGGCCUCGCCAUUGACGUCCACCUGCGCGCCGUCGAGGGUAUCUCGGGCGGUAUCACCGCAUACACCCUGAUCACCAUCUUGCUACUAUGCUGCAUCCCCGGCCAGCCGUUCUUCUCCUUCAUCAUGAUGGUGGUUGACGUCUGCUGCGCCGGUGCCCUCAUCUACGUCGCUAUCCGCAACAAGAACGGCGCCAGCACGUGUGUGGGCAUUGUCGAUACCCCUUACGGCAAGGGCAACGCCGACACCAACGUUGUCGAUAACGGCCAUGGCGGCUUCACUAUCCUUCCUAGCUUGCACCAUGCUUGCAAGAUGGAGACGGCUUGCUUGGCGGUGUCGAUUAUCGGAUGCGUCUUCUUCAUCCUCUCCCCCUUCAUGGAAGUCGUUCUCGUCCGCCACCGCAAAAAGGAGCAGCGCUACGGCCCCUCGCCCGCCAACGACUACACCUCCGGCUCGGGUCGCAAGCCGGGUUUCUUCGCCAGCCUGCGCGGCAAGGGUAGCGGCCACCCCGACGCCGACCUGAUGAACAACAAGCUGCCCGAGCACGCCAGCCCUUCGGACAUUCGUGAUAGUUACACGACGGAGCAGACCCGUGUGGGCGGUGUCGGUAGCUAUAACCCGUACAACGAGACGCAGGUCGGCCAGCAGCAGCCGUAUAGCCCACCCCAUGCUGGUAACAACUAUAACAAGUAUGAUAUGAGCUUUGGUCAGCAGCAGCAGGAUAUUGCUAUGGGGCAUGGCGAUCAUGUUUAUGACCGGAGAUAA